AAGAUACCUAAAGCCUCGAAGAAGAGGAGGGAGCUGAAGAGGAAGGCCGACUUAACAUAAAUAAAUAAAUAAAAAAAUAAAAAAGCAAGCAGCACAGACUAGUACAUGGGACCUGACAGCUGCUGCUUACAUCUGACACGCCGCUCCAAGCUGGCUCUUUAUAUCCCGUUUAUAUCCCGGGUUUUCCUAUGACGUCCUCCGACAGCGCAGUAUGGUGGAGGAUCCUGGACUUCAAGAUCCACUGAAGGAAAACCGUUGUGGGCAGACGGCUAGGCAGCAGCAGGAGAGAAAAGCGGCAGGAAGCGACACGCCAGAGAUCCAAGUCAUCAUCAAAGAGGAAGAGGACAGCUGGACUGUGAGUGAAAACUAUGAGAGCCUCGGUUCAGAGGAAGGGAAGAACAGAAGCCCUCCAGGCGCUGGUUUUCUCCUCGGGAAGGAGAGUCGUGCUCCAUACGGAGUAAAGGCGCAUCAGAGUGAACAUCCAGACCAGCCGAAUGAGCCUGAGCCAAAUGAAGGAGAGCAGAGACGCACGCUCACGGUCUCUAACGAGAAACUCUGUCGUUCUGAUGGUGAUGAAGGAGAAAAUGUCCGUCGGUGCCAAAACGCCAGAGAGAAGCCGUUCUGCCGCCUAGCACGGGACGUCUCGCCGAGUCCCAAACCUGACGUGAAAUCCAGCCAGAGGACACCUGAGGAAGAGGAGGGUAGCAGGUCUUCAAAUGUGGCAGAAGAACUACAUCGUCCAGAAAAACCAGCACCGAACCAAACUGUUUCCUCGGACCCGAAGAUGACCUCGGCACACCUGGACGGCCGAACGCUCCACUUAACAGUCAGGCUUCAGACCGGACCGAAGGAGGACGAGGAGGAGCCGGCGGAAGAAAUCGGAGGUUUAAUCAACUCGGACGGAGAGGAGGUGACAUGGGAUGGACGAAACGUUUCUGACCAAGAGCCUGAUUGCACAGAGGUUUCCCAGUCUGAGAAGGAAGUCAUCCUGGUGCAUUCUCAAAACUCGAGGGACUGCGACAGUCCAACUCUCAUCAUGGAAGUUGUAGGAGACGAGGAAGAAAACAAGGAAGAGGAACAGGAAGAGGGAGUCGUGAGGACGACGAAGAUCUCAACUUCACAUCCUGCAAGAACGCGACGGAGACGAGCGAAAAAGGUCAGAGGGCGACCUUUGGCAAACCCAGACAAAGGAGAGCGUGUUCCUUUACACUCUGCGAGGAGAAGAGUCCGAAGACAGGUUUCUCAGUCUCCACUGCUGUGUGAGGGAGACUUAGAGACACGUGAAGGAGUCUCGCUAUUUUAUUUUAAAGUAUCGAGACGUAGCCGAAGAAGGAGAAACAUCUGCACCUAUCCCGAACCACAAGAAAUAAACUCCGACACUACCCUCUGUGUGACUGCAAAGCAACCCUUACAGAAAAAAGAUGCCAAACACUCUGCUGAAGGAGAAAAUGAAAACGUUUCUACUGGGAAGAGGCGUCCUCGGAGGAAGGCGUCGCGUGUGCCGAUAGAAAUCCCCCCGGAGCUCCUGAAACAGCCCCGGGGGAGAAUCGAGCACCGCUGCUCCGUUUGCAGCAAACAGUUUCCCCACGCAUACAAACUGGAGCGGCACGAGCUGAUCCACACGGGGGAAAAACCGUACUGCUGCUCCAUCUGUGGGCGGGGCUUCAACCAGAAGGGGAAUCUCAAAACGCACUACAAAGUCCACCUUGGUCGAAAAGACGCUGUGGACUUCGAGGACGAGGUGAAUCCCUCCGCGUCCGAACUCUCAGAAUAUCUGAAGUCCCUGCCGGGAGAAUCAAAGAUCCGUUCGUCCCUCCACUGCCUGGAAUGCAGGAAGGACUGCAAAAGCCAGUCGGCUUUGCAGGCGCACCACGUCACGACGCACAGCGAGGCCGCGGCCGAGUCGGAGACGGCCGAGCGCGGCGCGGCGCGGUUCCUCUUCUGCCGCCGCUGCUGCGUUCAGUUCGACGACAAAGACAAACUGGAGACGCACAUGAAGAGCCACGUCAAGGAGAAGCGCUACUCGUGCCCGGACUGCGGUAAGAUGUUCAUCAACGAGAGCUACAUCCAGAUUCACCAGCGCAUCCACACGGGCGAGCGGCCCUUCCUCUGCUCGCUCUGCGGCCGGGGUUUCCACACGGCGUCUUCGCUCAAGCUCCACGAGAUGCAGCACUCCGGGGAGAGGCCGUACGCCUGCUCCAUCUGCGGGAAGACGUUUCAGAUUAACUCCUACCUGAACGCGCACUACCAGACCCACAUCAAAGACAGGCCGUUCGUCUGCAGCGUCUGUGGGAAAGGCUACUCCCGAGCCGAGGAGCUGAAGGUCCACCACCGUCUCCACACCGGGGAAAGACCCUACAAGUGCGGGGAGUGCGAGAAGAGUUUCAUUUACCGCCAGGGGCUUCGGCAGCACCAGCGGACGCACGCCGGCAGACGAAUGGGACCAACCAGGCAGCUUGGCAGACCCAAACAGCAGAACAAGCUGGAAAUCUGACAAUACUUCUGUUCACGCAUUCCUAUUAACGGUGUCACAGUAAACUGCUCUUUGCUCUUCUAUCUUCCGUUCCUUUGGAGGUGGUUUCCGAGCUGGGGAACAGUUUGGAGACUUACUGUGUUUUCUAUGUCUGUGUUUUCUGGCUGUGUUUAAGUUCUGUGCCUACGUCUUAAUGCUUCCUCUUCGGUGGUAGCUCUUCUGUUCUAUUUUAGUGCCUUUUAUAAACUGCAUGCCAAAUAAAAAUACAGUACAUGUUUUUUUUUAAAAUGCACUACAUCGGUGUUAUUUUAAACUCCUCGUUGUUGAAAUACAAGCUUUUGUUAGAAACA